AUGGAGCUGCUCUGGGCGCCCUUGCUGUUGGUGGCUUCCUGUGUGUCUGCUGUGCAGGGCUCCCCAGAGGUGGACACCAUGGAGGCCAGCAUCAACCUGUCCCGGCCCCUGCACAUCUGGGAGGAACACAACUUGCUGGUGUUGACGGCAGCCGGCCUGACCCAGAUGUUGAAUCAGACCCGAUUCCUCAUGGUGCUUUUCCACGAUCCAUACAAAAAGCAAUCCCAGAAAUUGGCCAAGGAGCUGGGCAAAGCGGUGGACAUCAUGGGCAAAGGCAAGAAUGGGCUCGGCUUCGGCAAAGUGGACAUCACAGUUGAGAAGGAGCUUCAGGAGGAAUUUGAAGUUAAGACGACCCCAGACUUGAAGCUGUUUUUUGAGGGCAACAGGUCUGAGCCCAUCAGCUGCAAAGGGGUGGUUGAAUCUACUGCCUUGGUAGUUUGGUUGAGAAGACAAAUUAGCAAGAAGGCAUUUUUAUUCAACAACACCCAACAGGUGGUAGACUUUGUGAAAUCCAGGCCUUUGGUCAUCAUCGGCUUCUUCCAGGAUUUAGAGGAAGAAGUAGCAGAAUUGUUCUAUGACGUGAUCAAAAACUAUCCAGAGCUAACCUUUGGAGUGAUAUCAAUUCCCAAUGCCGUUGGGCGUUUCCACGUCACCCUCGAUAGUGUCCUGGUGUUCAAAAAGGGAAAAAUUGUGAAACGCCAAGAACUUACUUAUGAUGGUACCAAUGAGCAAUUUCUCAAUCAAGUAAUUAAACAGCACCUCACAGAUCUUGUGAUUGAAUACAACUACGAGAAUAAGGAUUUGAUUCAUGACUUGAACAUCUUGAAUCACAUAAUGCUCUUUGUCUCCAAAAAUUCAGAGUCAUUUGGUAUCAUAAUUCAGCAAUAUAAGUUGGCAGCAAAGGAAUUCCCAAACAAGAUCCUUUUCAUCCUUGUGAAUACCGACGAACCCAGAAACGGACGUGUUUUCGAGUACUUUCGGAUCACCGAAGUCGAUGUCCCAUCUGUCCAAAUCCUAAACUUAACCUCUGGAAUUAGGUACAAAAUGCCUACAGAAGAGAUAACUUAUGAAAACCUCAAGACAUUCUGCACCAGCUUCUUGAAUAGAAGUGCCAAAGAACAUCGGUCCAGUGAAGAGAUUCCAAAAUAUUGGGACCAGGGACUGGUUAAGCAGCUCGUGGGGAAGAACUUCAACACAGUUGCCUUUGACAAGGAAAAGGACGUGUUUGUGAUGUUCUAUGCGCCCUGGUCUGAAAAGUGCAAUGUGCUGUUCCCAGUGUUGGAGGAGUUGGGCAGAAAGUAUCAAAACCACUCCACAGUCCUCAUCGCCAAGAUUGACAUCACAGCAAACGAUAUUCAGCUGAUGUACCUGGACCGAUACCCAUUCUUCAGGCUCUUCCCUGUCAACUCUGAACAAACUGUCAUAUACAUGGGAGAACAUACUCUAAAGGACUUUUCUGACUUCCUGGAAUCACAAAUCAAGACUAGGGUUGAGGACGAGGAUGAGGACAAGAUAAUGUCUGUUGAGCCAAGGGAGUUGGUAGAGGAGAAGAUAUUGCCUAAGAAAGAGGAGAAAUCCUUUGAGGAUAAAGAGUUACCUGAGCAGAAGGUGUCUGAGCCGGAGACCAUGACGAGGCUGGAAGACCUAGCUAGUCAGAAGAGACCGGUGGAGGAGGAGGUGGAACCACCUAAACCAAUGGGACCUCUCAGAGAAGAGAAGAAACCAAGUGUCAAGGAAGAACUUUAG